UAUGUAUUUAUCUGCAUAAAUUAACUUCUAAAAGUUCUUUACUAGGAUUCUCUUUGUCUACUGGUAUGUCUACUGAGAUCAUAUAUGAUCCUAAAGGGGAUAAAGCCAAAAUCCUUAGAGAAUGGGCACGGUUUCACACUCAGCAGCUUCUAGAUGGCCAGGCAAAGGUACUGCAGGUGCGCUCUGUACCUACAGAUACAAGAACAAUAGAUAUUCAGAGUCUGAGAACCAAAAAAGAAGAGCGACAUUGGUUACAAGUGACAAUACCUGAUGCUGAUUUAAGAAAUGUUGUUGCUUAUAUUGGGUGUUCAGCUUGUGGGAAACACAUAGAUAUUCCAGUUGGGACAGAGUUUAGCUGUGCCAACUGCAAAAAAAAAGAUAGCAUUUCUGCAUAUCGAGCUACAUUCAAAUUUGAAGCCAUAGAUGACUCAGGAACAAUGACUUUCACAACUUUUACGACUGACACAGAAAAACUAUUUGGAAUAUCUGCACACAAAAUUCAUUUGAUAAAACACUCUGAAAAUGUUCAGAUGUUUGAUUCAAUUCAGCAGCAGAUUUGUGACAGCCAUGUUCUGGUACAAGUAGGUCCAACAACAGCUCUUUCAAGAAACAAUGUUCUUCAGUGGUGUUUGAAAGACAUAAAAGUUGAAGUGAGCAGCAUAAAAGAAAACGAUAGCAAUUCCAUGUCAGUGUCUUCAACACUUGCACAGAAUCACAAUGCUGAAGAAAAAAAAGCAGGAAACUUGUCUUCUGGUCAGAAUGAACUGAUACAAGUACCUAAAUCACACACUACGAAUUCUGAAAAUGUUAAGGCAACAGAAUCUGAAGAAACUGAUGAUAUGGCCACAGCUAACUCAUUGCUAGAGUUAUCACAGCAGCCAGCUAAGAAAAGGUAUACUGAAACACAUAUUGCCAAGCUCAAAAGUGUUGAGAAAGAUAGGAAUCCUACUAUACUUGGUGACUUUGCUGCUUCAGGUUCCACAAUGCAAGAUUUCUUAUCUUUUGACCCUGUUCAGCAAUUUGAUGAUUCUAUCAAUCAAGAACAAGGGGCGAAAAAAGGUACUGAAGCCAUUCCCACAAAGGCAACACCAAAGAAACGCUCCUUGACUUCUCUGUCUACAGCAACAGAAGCUAUAAAUACAACACGAAGAGGUGUUGUGAAAAUCAACAACCAGCUUGAAAUUGUGGAUACUAUGGAUAUGCAACAUCAAUAAAGUAACAUAGCUUGUUAGACAUUAAAAUAUAUUUAGUACUUUAGCAAAAUGGUGAUGAAAUUUUUUGGAUAGAAAUAUAUUUUGUGUCAUGCAUGACUUGAAAGAUGAAAACUUUAUAAGAAUAAUGCUUAUUCAUGCAUGUUACUGACUUAGUUAAGUUAGCUUUGAUGGACCUUUAAUUUAGC